GGGAAGAGGGGGGCCCGUCCCGCCCCCACAAAGCCGGGGGGGGGGGCUUGGCCGCCUCAGGUGCCCCCGGUGAAGGGGGCCGACUGGGUGGGAAUCGUGAGAUGAUUGUUCUGGAAGCGUUCCCCCCACCAGCGAAGAUGUAUGAAGCAUCCAAGGAUCAUAAUUGUUGGAAAGUUUGUUGACUGCUAUUUUCUGAAAGUCCUAAAACUUAAACAUCAAUCUGGCAUGGCACAGGAAAGCCAGCAGUUAGAUAUGCAGGUACUCCAUGACCUCCGGCAACGUUUCCCUGAGAUUCCUGAAAGUGUGGUAUCUCAAUGCAUGCUCCAGAAUAACAACAGUCUUGAUGCUUGUUGUCGAAUUCUUGCACAAGAGAGCAACAAAUAUCUAUAUAUGGAGUAUCACAGCCCAGAUGACACCCGAGUGAACAGGAAUCGUCUUCUGCAUAUUAACCUUGGCAUCCAUCCUCAUACUAACUAUGGAGUGGAUGGACCUCAGCUUAAUGGUGGUCGUACACUGGUACAUAGUUCAAGUGAUGGACAUAUUGAUCCACAGUGCACCCAAGGCAAACAGCUGAUCUGUUUAGUCCAAGAACCACAUUCUGCUCCUGCUGUUGUAGCAGCUUCUACAAACUACAAUCCUUUUUUUAUGAAUGAUCAGAAUAGAAAUGCAGCUACUCCUCCUCCACAGACACCUCAGCAAUCUUCUCCCAUACAGCCUGGAAUGAAUACUUCUACUAUGCAAGGUCCUCCUCCUCCAUAUAUGCAUAUACCUCGGUACAGCACAAAUCCUAUAACUGUUACAGUUUCACAAAACCUCCCUUCUGGGCAGCCUUUACCCAGAGCUUUACAAAUUCUUCCUCAAAUUCAAAGUACUCCUUAUGGAAGUUCUGGAUCACUCUAUAUUAGACAGACAACUCAAGGUUCUUCGGGACGACAGACUCCUACUCAAAGUACACAGUGGCAUUCAUCACCACCAGGUCCAAUUCCACAUUAUAGUUCACAUCCAUUACCUAUCUAUCCACACCAACAGAGCUAUCAGCCUUCUCAGUAUUCUCCCAAGCAGCCCCAGAUUCUUCAGUCUCCUUUUCGAUCACCACCUGCUUCCCAGUGUCCUUCUCCUUUUGGAUCACCUCAACAUCAAGUUCAACCCAGCCAAUUAGGACAUCAAAGUUCCCAUGUAUUUAUGCCUCCUAGUCCUUCAACUGUGUUACCCCAUCCAUAUCAACAAACACCACAGACAUAUCAAAAACCAAGUGGACACUCAGUGUCUUAUCUUCCAUAUAGCGGAUCUACUUUAUCUAAAGGCUCCAUGAACAAGAUAGAAAUUACUGUUGAACCACCACAAAGACCUGGGACUACACUUAAUAGGAGCCCUUCACCUAUUAGUAAUCAGCCAUCCCAACGGAAUCAACACCCACUAUAUACACCUGCAACUCCUUCAAGUUCCUCUUCCAGAAGUAUAGGUCAGCCUAAACCACCUUUUAGUGUUAAUCCUGUAUAUAUAACAUAUACACAACCAGUCAGACCUUCAGGUAUUCUUACACAGUCCCCCCGUGUAAUGGUAUCUCAGCCAAAUCCAGCAAUUUUUAAAAUCACAGUAGGCCGAGCUCCUGCUGAGAAUCUUCUAAAUUUAGUGGACCAAGAAGAACAUUCUGCAGCACCAGAACCUAUUCAGCCCAUUUCAGUCGUACCAGGAUCUGGGGGUGAAAGAGGAAGGCAUAAGUACCAGAGAAGUUCCAGCUCUGGAUCAGAUGACUAUGCUUAUACUCAAGCUUUGCUGUUACAUCAACGUGCAAGGAUGGAGAGGUUAGCAAAGGAGCUGAAGUUUGAGAAUGAAGAACUUGAGAAACUUAAAGGUGAAGUAAAUAAUAUGGAACAUGAUCUCAUGCAAAGGCGUCUGAGAAGAGUGAGCUGUACAACCUCAAUCCCAACACCUGAGGAGAUGACAAGAUUGAGAAGCAUGAAUAGGCAGCUCCAGAUAAAUGUAGACUGUACUCAGAAAGAAAUUGACCUCCUUCAGUCUAGAGGAAAUUUUGACCUGAAAGCCAUGAAUAAUUUUUAUGAUAAUAUAGAGCCUGGUCCUGUUGUGCCACCAAAGCCAUGUAAAAAAGACCAUCAAAAUAGUUCCAAGCAAGUUCUGCGAUCACAGCCAAGAGAUGAGGACUUUGAAGGAGCUCCAUGGAAUUGUGACAGCUGUACUUUCUUGAAUCAUCCAGCACUGAAUCGUUGUGAGCAAUGUGAAAUGCCGCGGUAUGCCUGAAUACAAGGUCUACUUUGUAUUGAGGUGGGCUUUUGAAAUCUCAGCCAUAGGUGAAAAUUUGGGGGAAUUUUUCAGUUCUCAACCAGAUCAUUUUCAAUUUUUGAGAGAAAAACCUCUUUUUCAUUCAUGCUGCACUAAAGAUUAGCUUAUGGAUACAUACUCUUAUCCCAUGGUUGUAAGAAAGGUUGAAAAGGUUUUCUGAAUCCAAGAUGGAUUUUCUUUGAAGAAUGUAUGCAGGAAAACAAGUGAUUACUGUUGUUCUAGCCCCCAGAAUUACAUUUGCUUGUUAGUAGUCCUUAUGCAUAUUUUUAUAAGCAUUGAACAAUUACUUUGUGAAGUGUUAAUUCAGACAAACUGUGAAGAACCAGAGCUAAUCUGGCCAGAGCACGCUGGAAAACAAGAGCUCCCUAUGUUUCCAGAUUGUAAACUACUGAAAAAGGGGGACUCAAAGAACAGAAAAGGAUAAUCUGAAAUGCUGCUUUUUUCAGGGUAAAUUAAGUCUACACAAUUGCUGUUUUGAUAUUGUGAAUCAUGGUGAGGAGGGAAAAGUACUGUACAAUCUUAUUUAUAGAGUACAAUCAGAAGUGAUUUUAUAGUCUCUUUUGCUUGUAUAGCAUUCACCAAGUCAUGCUAACACUGGUAAUUAAAUAAUUAUACCAUAUUACACAGAAAAAAUAGUGGUGCAUGCUUUCAUUAGGACUUUGUAUUUUAAAGCUAAAAAGUAAAAGUAUGCUUUUAAAAAUUAUGUUCCCUUGAAACUGCUUGACAGUGGAGCAGACAUAAACCAAAUGCAGAACUGUUCCAAGUUCUUUUUUGAAAACUUGAGUUCAGCCAUUGAUAGCAUAAGAAAUGUUUGCACCCUCUUUCUUAGGCCUUUCAGCUUUCACUUAUGUGAAGAAUUCAUGAUGUUUACAGCACAGAAGGUACUUUGUGCCCUCAUUCUGAUUACGCUGAAAACCACUAAUCAAUAUGAGUUCUCCAAUAAAGUGUAUUUGCACAUUAUCAGUAAACUAACUUAUAUUAAUUAGUAUGAGUAGUGGUUUUUGAAAUGUUGCACAUUGCAUUUUGGUGUGACCUUGGUCAGUUAAAGGGUAUAGAGAAUCCAGAAAUG